GUUUUCUGUAAAUGUUAGCUACAUGACCACAACAAAAUGUGUCAUGAAUAAAGAGAAGUCCAUUUACGGAAGAAGCUUUAUCCAUGGUCCUGCUAUAUAGAGAGAGGAUUGCAUGACAGUUUCCAUCUGUCUCUUCUCAGUAGAAGACAUUGUUGGACCAGUAUCUCCCUCAAGAGCCGGAUAUUUCCUUUAAUGGAGCCCAAACUGCGUCUUCUGUUCUUGGUUCUUCUUUUCUUUCACCACCAGGGACCUUCUACGAGCACUCCCCUUCUUAGAUAUGGUUGCAGACCUGGCACAGUGAAAGAAUGCAAGGAUGCAAAAUUUGUUCCAGGCCAUACUCUUUUAGGAGAAGCCAUUGAUAUUGUCACCAUGAAGUCAACCGGCUCUUUUCUUCUUGAUCUGCAAGAGGUUGGAGAGAAAUGUGCAGUUUGUACAAACCCUCACAACAAUAAUGAACUGCAGAAACUGCCCAAGGCGCUGGUGGACUGGAGACCCGAGACUUCAUGUUCCAAAAAUGUACAAAGCUCAGUCUCUCAGUCUACGGUGUCAGUGGCCAAUGAAGCGACUUCUACAGUGCAGAACGACUGGAAAGUUGGUCUCCAAGUGAACGUCCACGUGGUGACCUCGAGUGUAGCUGUGGGGGGUUCUCACAGUAAGAUGGCUAAGUUUGCAGAUAGUAAAAGCAUCACGGACAAUUACAACUUUUUGAGCCACAAGUUAGAAUGUUCUUUUUACAGUUUUCGCCUGGGAUCCAAUGUCUCAUUAACGCCUCAUUUCAUAAAAGCUUUGGAAGAUCCUCCAAUUUCCUAUGAUAUGAACACCAAGGUUGAAUACCGACGUGUGAUAGACAAUUUUGGCACACACUAUAUCACACGUGUAAAAGUCGGAGGUCGGACCCAAGAGGUCACUGCAGUGAGAACAUGUCAAGUGUCUAUGAGUGGUUUGAGAGUUGAUGAGGUCAAGGAUUGCCUUUCUGUUGAAGCUGAGGUUGGGAUAUCCAAAAUGGGCAAUUCUGCAACUGUCAAUUCCAAAACUGAACAGUGCAAAAGCAAAUUAAAAAAAGCGAACUUUGGAGGGGAUUUUCAUCAAACAUUCAGUGACCGUACGUUUCAGGUGACAGGUGGAAAUGCAACAUUCGAUAUUCUCUCACCUGCUACGACCUCUGAUGAUGUCUUUAAGAAGUGGAUGGAAAGCUUGAAAACUCAGCCUGGUCUGGUUUCCUAUUCCUUAGAUUCCAUCCAUAACUUGGUGAAAGCUAGGGGUCCUAAGAGAGAGAACUUCAGGCUGGCUAUAAGUGAUUACAUUAAAGAAAGGGCUUUAAUACAGAAGUGCUCAUGUCCCGGCCGCCAAGGGAAAGACUGCUCCUGUUCAUGUCCAGCUUCUAAGUACACAAGUGCUAACUGCUGCCCAACAAGUCAAGGAGCCGCCAAGGUUGUUGUAAACAUCAAAACUGCCAGUGGUCUGAGCGGUGACUACUGGACACAGACAGACGCCUAUGUGAAAUUUAAAUUUGAUGGUGCUAGUAUUAGAACCAAAACCAUCCUGAAUAACGAUAAUCCCAAAUGGAAUAAGAAAUAUGAGUUGGGAAUGGUAUCACUGAGCUCCGGUAAAAAGUACACAAUAGAGGUUUGGGAUGAGGACAAUGAUUAUGAUGACCUGUUGGGGAAAUGUGAAAAAGUUCUGACAUCAGAUAACGAUUCUGGCACCUGUUACCUAGACACAGGUCAUAUUACAUAUUCUGUAGAAACAACUUGUGUCAAUCACCUAAAAGGGUUGUACUGCCAGGAUUAUACCCCACUGCCCCCAUGAGUUAAAGCAAGUUUCCAAGAAUCCCUUUUUAUAAAUGCUUCUCCCUCCGAUAUUCCCCUUAUUAUAAAUGCUUCUCUCCUCCGAUAUUCCCCUGAUUAUAAAUGCUUCUCCCUCCGAUAUUCCUCUUAUUAUAAAUGCUUCUUCCUCUGAUAUUCCCCUUAUUAUAAAUGCUUCUCCCUCUGAUAUUCCCAUUAUUAUACAUUCUUCUCUCCUCCGAUAUUCCCCUGAUUAUAAAUGCUUCUCCCUCCGAUAUUCCUCUUAUUAUAAAUGCUUCUUCCUCUGAUAUUCCCCUUAUUAUAAAUGCUUCUCCCUCUGAUAUUCCCAUUAUUAUACAUUCUUCUCUCCUCUGAUAUUCCCCUGAUUAUAAAUGCUUCUCCCUCCGAUAUUCCUCUUAUUAUAAAUGCUUCUUCCUCUGAUAUUCCCCUUAUUAUAAAUGCUUCUCCCUCUGAUAUUCCCAUUAUUAUACAUUCUUCUCUCCUCCGAUAUUCCCCUUAUUAUAAAUGCUUCUUUCCUCUGAUAUUCCCAUUAUUAUAAAUGCUUCUCUCCUCCGAUAUUCCCCUUAUUAUAAAUGCUUCUCUCCUCCGAUAUUCCCCUUAUUAUAAAU